GCAGAAGGGGAAGAUCUCGGGAAACCGAAAAACGAUGGAGGCAUGGGACGAGCUCCAGCGAGUCCAAUCCCGAAUACUCGAGCGCAUUUCCAACCUCGAGCUCUCUCUCCUCUCCAGGACCUUCUCUUCCUCCUCCUUCGCCGUCUCCUUGCCUCCCGUCGCGACCGGCGACGCCGUCUCGGCCCUCUCCGGACGGCUCUUGUCGUCGCUCGGCGCCGCGGCUCCGGAUUCCGUCUCCGGCACCGAAGCCCGCCUAUCGGCGAUUCUCAGGAGCAAUGGCGUCACGGACUUCGCCUUCAAAAGAGUUCCGGGGGAUUAUUACGAGCGGUCGUACGAGGAGAGGCAGAGGAUCCUCGGCGCGCGCUCAAUUGAUCAUCUGUGCAAAAGCAUCGUCAUGGUGAAUACUCAAGCUCCAUCUACUGUCAUUGAUUGCAAUGAUCGAAACAAUUCAAAGUAUUAUCUUGUAGUUGUUCAGUAUACUGCUCGGCUUAACGCCGAAGCUCUAAAAAACUAUCUUUAUGCACUCAACGAUAGCAAGGUACCAAAAAAGAAAUUCAAUUUGAGGCUCGCCCCCGAGGAGACAUCCCUGAUGUUGACUGGAUUUGAGCACAACGCAGUGACAUGUAUUGGCAUGAAGACUGAGAUUCCGGUGAUCCUGGACGAAGCCAUUGUGAAGCUUAAUCCCGAUUACUUCUGGCUAGGAGGUGGGGAGGUAGAUCUGAAGCUUGGAAUACGGACUUCUCAAUUCAUCGAUUGCGUCAAACCCUUCAUCGUCAGCUGCAGUACGGGAAUACUCCAAAGGAAGCUCUAUCGUACUUGUCGGAGAAAAAGUCCGAUGAGGCUGCUGAUCUGAGAUGGCAAGAGGGUUGGUCGAAAUUUGCUUUCCUGCGAUAUUCAGGUCGGGGUGGUGAUAUUUUCAACACCUCCCUUAUUUACCAUCAACAAUUUUGUUGACUAGUUCAGAGAAAGGCAGUAGCUUCAGCUAUGUUGGUCCCUUAGGACCACCUGGACAGAUUUAUUAUUCUUCUAGACUGUUGGCAUGAUUCGUACUAAGAAAAUCGGAGAAAGUAAGAGCAGUUUUUACGAGAAACGCAGGACCGGUGGGGUGGUAAUUCUUUCUGACUAGUCUCUUGCAUCCUUAAUCACUGUGUCCAUUCCAACUUGGUCUGUGGACAAGGGACAUGCCUAUGUACUAUGCCAAAUCUUGUCUCACUGUGGUCAUUGGCUUCACGGAAAAUGUCCAUGUUAGUUCUAUGCACUCGCCAUCAUCCUUUGGAUUUGA